UUCCACCCUCCAUCGAAGUCCUAUCCCAUCCAACAAUCCUCACAUCACUCAACCCCAAUUAAAGUACUACUUCCACAACCACAAUCAACCACCAUGCAUCUCACCACCAAAGCCCUCUCUCUACUUCUCCCCCUCCUCCCCCUAACCACCGCCACGGGCUCCGCCAUCGUGCAAAACAACUGCACCUCCCCGAUCUACCUCUGGUCCGUGGGCGGCUCCGUCAGCAGCAUGCAAACCAUCGACCCGGGUUCCAGCUACAGCGAGACCUUCUACUACGAUACGACCUCCGGCGGUGUCGCCCUGAAGAUCACCACCACAGAAAACGGUCUGUACAGCGGCGCUCCGCAGACGGAUUACGCCUAUACUUUGGAUACGUCCUCCGGUAACGUCUUUUAUGAUAUCUCGGAUGUCUAUGGCGAUCCGUUCUCGGGUAGUGUGGUUAGUCUUGUCUCGAGUGAUGCUAGCUGCCAGAGUAUUUGUUGGGCUGGGGGUGUGCCCCCUGCUGGAAGUGUUGUGAGGAGUUGUCAGGAUGAGGCGGAUGAGGUCUUGACGGUUUGUGCGGAUAGUUGUUAGGCUGGAUGGGUUUCUGGUUUAGGGUUUGGAGUGGCAAGUCGAGAAUUAGGGAUUAUUAGGGUAUCUGGGGGUUUAAUGUGAUGUUGUUAUUUGUGUUGACUUGCGGAUUGAUCGAUUGUGAAAUGUCUAGAGAGUGUGUAGGUAUGUCACUAGCUGAAUUUAUUGAUUGUAUGCCAUGUCAUGAUCAC